UUAUAAAUGGCUGAAAUGCUUAUUAAGAUGAUUAACAAUCCUUAAGAAAUUGAUGGAAAAAAAAUUUUAGAAUUAAUUAGUGAAUGUUGCUAAUCGAAAAAUCUCUAAUUCGUAUACGACGGACCGAACUUUUGUUAACUUUCUGGUGAAAUAAUAGGAGAAAAAUAGACAAUAAAAUUAAAUACAAAUAGAAUAUCUUAAAUAGUAGUAUUGAAAGAUUAAUUAAGAGAAUUGAUCAAUAAAAACUGCUUUUAUAAUGAUUACUUUGAGCCAGCUUUUUAAAGAAUAUACAAUAUUACAAUCUUAAAUUUUAAUAAUAUUGAUUCAAAAGAAUAGAUUGAAAUACCAUAUAUAGAUAUAACAGAUGAAAUAUUAAAUUAGGUUUUCACAGGUGAUGAACUUGAAGCAAUCAAACAAAAGUAAGUUUUGUUUUUUAAGUAGACAACUUUAACAUUAUAAAUAAAUUUAUCAAUAUCCUUAUCUAGAAAAUGAAGUUGAUUUUUGUUGUCCAAUAACAUAAGAGAAAUGUCUUUCUUUUUUAGAAGGAAUAAAUCUUUAAGGCUAUUUUUUUAGUGUUGAUGGAGCAAUAAAGGUUUUGGAAACAUAAAGUAACAAGUUAUUUCCCCAUUAAAUCGAGUAUUUAUAAAUUUAAAAGACAUAAAUAAACUAAAGAGCAUAAUAAUAAUGUAGAACUACUAAAAUGUAAGCAUUUGUUUCUUAAAAAAUUAGGUCUGAAAAAAAUCUAAAUGAUUAAAUGAUUUUUAAGUGCCCAUAAACUUAAAAAUCUUAUUUCAUUUGCUUUGAAGGAAUAAAAUUUGAAAAUUAAAACUAUAGCUUAGAGGGGCUUAUAUAGUUAUAUGAGAAAUCUCCUAAUAUCAUUAAAAAUUAAUUAAAGCAAAAUCCUCUUUUAAUUGAAUAUAUAGAAAAAGUUAGGAAUGGUCAAAAAUAUGAGGAAGAAUAGUGCAGUAACUUAGACCAAUCUAACUAAUUUUGAAUUUGAG